CUUAGGGCUGUCAACCACGAACAUCGCAAGCUCCCAACACGAUAUUGGCGCGUGGCUUAGUCAAGUGUUUCUGAGAUCGCCUUGUCUUGUUCCUUCUGUCGUUUCCAAGUUUCACCCAUUCCUUUCAUCAUGGCUUCACGAUCACUAUCGCGCCAGUCGCAGCCGACUGCAGCUCAGUCUCAUAACAACAACGCGUUUUCCUUCGGAACGUCACGAGUCACGAACGGCACCAAGGCCAACGACCCGCUACAACCGCUGCGUGCAAUGGCCGAACGUGUAGGGAAAGAGGUGGAGAAGUUCGCGGAGCGAGUGGACCACUGGCAUGUCCACGGCAACGAAUCGAAGAAAGCCAAAUAUCAGACCACGGUCAAGCUCGUCGGGAAGUUCCAAGACGUUGCAGAAUCACAUGUGAAGGAGCUGAAGCGGACAACGGAAGCAGAGAACAACGGAAGCCUCAGCAAGACUGUCCGUCGGAAAAUACAGAGUAUGGCAGAUGCGUCAGACAAUGCAGGACAGAGUGUCUUCGGCCAGUCGUCCCAAUCCGUCAUUCCAUCUAUCGAGUCCAGCGCCGUCCCCGAUUCCGCGAGCGUCCGAGAGCUACGAGAAUGGCAGGCAGAGCUUGCAACAUGGAAGCUGCUGAAGUUGGUCAUCGAGCAUUACAACCCUGAACCUGGCACUGAUGUGGCGGCGGAGAAGCAAACGCGAUUGGAACAGGUCGGCGGAAAUGCACGAUACUGCAAGAACAGCGAGAUCUGGGAUCGUUUUCUGUUGGAGGAUGACCAGGCCAAGGAGAAAGCGCUCGUCCUUCGUUGGCUAGAACAAACGGCCCGCGACAGCGACAGCGAUGUGAAGGCCAUCAUUACAGGGCUGGAAGAGCACUCUGGAAAGGGCGCGCACACCUGGACAAGCGGCUGGUUGGAGACCAAGACAAAGAUCAAGCAGGCGAAGCGCAUGGACGACACAGACCAACCGCUGAAGCCGAUAAACUCGAACCUCAAGACCUCUGACAGGACCGCGAACCUCGUUACCCAACUAGACCCAGAUGCUCCUUCACGGCAAAAGCGCGCACUCGAGAGGAGCGACGAGUAUUAUGAGCGCUCUCUCUGGAUGGUUGCAUACGAAAUGAUGCGACGCGGACUACCCUGGAAGACCAUCGUCGACUGGUGCUACGAGAGGAACGAGUCGUGGCGCGGCGUCAGUAUUGGAGCAGCGUACGAAGGUCACCCAGAAGGUGGACCAAAUGUCGCAGGCCCGACCGUCGGAUACCUGUUCCGCCGAAUGAGCUUCUACGCUGCAAGGGGAGCUCGGAUACCAUAUGAAGGUGCUGUAUAUGGUCUGCUGAGUGGAGAUUUGAAGCAAGUACAAGCAGUCUGCAAGUCUUGGGAUGAUCAUCUUCAUGCCCACUACAACGCACUCCUGCUCUCCCGAUUCGACUCAUAUCUUCAGAAGAAUUAUCCGAGCAGAGUGACAGAAUCCUUGACUCAGAAGUUUCUCUUCCAAGAUGCAGUCGCCAAUAUCGGAGACUGGGAGAACUCACCUGAGAAGGUGAUUGAAAUUCUGAAGCAACAGAAGAGUACAGCAUCCCAAGCGGUCUCUCCAAUCAAGCUUAUUCAGAGCGCACUUAUCGCCAGAGACACUGAUGAUUUGAUGCUGAAGGUCGGUGUGGCUCUUGCGGACAUGUUCGACAAGGACGACCGACCACACAGUCUCAUCAUACAUCCAGACUCGUUAGAAGAAGACCGAAGCCCGAUACCUGCUGGAGACCAUCGCACAUUCCGCGCAGAACAACACUAUCAGACUCUCGCGAAAGAUCCACAUGCUUUCCGCAUCUUGGUUCACGUCUUCAUUGUCCUUCGCAACGGACUACACACGCUUUUCGAGGAUACACAUCAAGACAAACUAUUCUUGGCUAUGGACAACGUCAUCACAGCCUACAUCGAGUUCCUACGUCUUACCAAACGAUUCGAUACCAUACCGCUCUAUGCAGCACAGCUCAUCCCCGAACGAGCCGCCUACAGUCUCGCGCGUGUCCUCCCCGACAUCAAAAAUAGCUCUGAGCAACGUCACUCUGUUGCACUCAUGGAAUCAUAUCGAAUCGACGUCGUUCAAGUUAUAUCACAGAGCUUUACGUUUGCUUCUAGGGAUAGCGGGUUUACACACUUUACCAAAGAGGGUUAUGGCGUUAUCACAAAUCCUAUCAAGCGGUUCAACAUCCUGGAGAAAAUUACUCUUCCGACUGAGCAGCUGCUAUGGCCGGGUGUUCGUGUCAAGCGGACAUUUGGUGGUGCUGAGAUAAGCCCACAAGACGAAAUAGUCAUAGAUGCGGUGCAAUGGUACAACUACGUAGGGAAGGACUACGAAAACACGUUUGGACACCUAAAGAGCGCGCUAACCAUCUUCUUGCUCAAUGGUCGACUUGCCGCUGCCGAGAAGGUCAUUAGCGAUCUCAGCGUCGAGUCUCUGUCCUUGUCUCGAACAGAAGCUCUGCUCGGCUAUCCCUUCGAUUUCACCACGGCAGGUGCGGAAGAACAAGACGAGCAGCAGCUCCACGAACAUCGCGACAAUCUCUCGACUUCUGCACGAGCAGCCGCUAUGCCUUUGGCACAAUUGCCUGACGCCGAUCAACACCGGGAGAUUGUAGAUAACCUACGUAAGAGCAGCACGGCAUACUACACGCUCCAGCAGAUUGUUCGCCUGUUGGUUCUCUUCCGUGAAUGGCGUGAAGAGGAACAAACACUUAUUCAAAUUCGUGCAGAACGCAAGAAAGAAGGCGCAUCUGCCAAACACAAGCCUGACACUCAACGCACGAAGGCGCUUCUAGACUCAAUAUCCAAUGUCUUCGAUACUCUCAUUCCUGCCAUCUCCCAAGCCUCGGCUGCAGACCCAGACUACCUUACACACAAAACCUGGGACCUGAUGAAGGCGUAUAUCCCAGACAUGAUACUCGCAUACCUCUCUGUUUUACAAGCGGCCUCCUGGUUUUUGAACAAGGAUCCUGCAAUCAAGGCUAUGGAGGUCGCUGUUGUAGUAGCAGACAAAGGCAAUGAGUGGGUCCAAAGGUGUUUACUUGAAACGGGGCGGAUGAGCGAAGUGCUGGAGUGUUUGGCGGCAGUGUCAAAGUGUAUGUUGAAGUUGACCGAGGGCGGGAAGGAGAAGGGUAACAAGAAGAGGGGUGGAAAGGGUGAGACGCUUAGGCUGUGGGAUUUGGGUGCAAGAUAGAUGUGGGAAUAUGAGUUGUAAGAUAUCAGUCGCAAUGGGAGGCCAUGCAGCAUGCGCGCGCUUUUGAUUUUAGAACAGGACAGAGAGCAUAGUAAGCAAGCAAUCACGUCGUCAAACUACUUAGCAUCCUGCAUCAGAAUGACGGUGAUGUAACCCGCUCGUUUAUCGAGCAACAGAGUCACCAGAUAGGCAAGAAAAGCUGCAUACUGACUUGAGC